CCUCUCAAAACAGCACUCAUUCGAAUCAGUGAUUUAUUUGCAUAACAAAAGACGUCAACCACAAAACGUCACACCUCGUAAUCGUUUGGGUCUAACUUUAUCCCAAUUGCGAUCAAUGCGCGCAGGCGCCACUAUACGUGACAGGUAGCUAAGCCAGGUGUUUCAUUCACAGUUUAGCGUUUGGAAAGCUAGUUACACCAUGUCUGACUACAGCAGCGACGAAGAAUAUGAUUUCAGCACACAACCAGAAGGAUAUCUGUAUGAACCCGAAUAUACGGAUGCAGAACUCUAUCAGAUGGAGGUAGAACGGGCAGAGAGAGAGAGAGAGAUGGCGAGCAGAGAUGUGGAACGUGAAAUCGGGGCCGCAGCUGCGAGACCUCGAGUGACUGAUACAAGGUGGUGUACGUGCAACAAGUGCGAAGUUAUGCAGACCGAGGUUGAGUGCUACUGUUGCCAUGAAUGGGACCUCGUAAUGCCUCGCAUGCAGGACCUUUCCAUUGACGAGGAGGCUGGCGCAUCAGCAGCUGUCUGCAUCGCCAAUAACAACGACUUGCCUGCAAUCCUGAAUGCUGGUGUCCUCGAGACUUUUUUCCACAUCCCGAAAAUAAACUGGAAAAAGCGCCCCAAACCUGCUGGACCCGAUGGCCAGUUGUCUGCAGAACAGUACAGGCUGGUCGCCUAUCGCAUCAUAAUGGAAUGGGCUCUGAAAGGACAGACGCUUGGUCCUGGCAACAGAAGAGUUCUUCCCUCCUGCAUGGUGGCGCUAAUAAGAAGAACAUAUCCAUCACCAAGUGGACAAUAUGCUGGUUUCAAAGAGUCAAAUGAUGCACUGCAAUUGUUUUAGAAUUUUAAAAAUCAAAAGCUUUACUGUGAAUUUCUUUUUGACGUGCAAUUUCCUAAAAAUACAAAACAAAUGUAAAG